CUUUCCCUUUUUCCCUUCUUUCCUCCCUCUCUUUUUCCAAAUGAUCACUAUCCUCAGCAUGGCAGCGCUGAAAAUCGUUCUAAGAGGAGAAUCUUCGGCUUACUACCUGGCAUUCGUGUAUAACCUGUUUCAGUAUUUGCGAGGUUAAUUAUUACUAAUUCAAAUUAAUUGAAUAAACAUUAAUGAAAUAUCAAGAUUUAAAUAACUUGAAAUAUAUAUGUAAUUGUUGUUCAGUGAUCGAUUAAAUUCAAGUAAAUUAUGUUAUCUUAUGUUAAUUAUAGUAUAACUACUUACACUUUAUAUUAGACGAUUGCAAAGAUUCAGAAAUUAUAUAUUAUGUAUUAAUAUGUUAUAAAUAAGAAAGAUUUAUAAAACAACAAUGACUGAAUCAACGCAGUUUGUCGAGCCGCCACCUAUUUGGCCUGAUAUCAGAUCAGAAUUACGGGAAUAUAUUGAAUGUCCUGAACGAUUGCCUAUACAUCAGCUGGAUAAUACUCAAUGUUACUGGCUACGCAAAUCUAAUGUUCUUUCAUUGUUGGAAUUUGACUUAGCUCCAAUUAACACCACACUGAAGUUUGAUCGUGAUCCAAUAACAGGUAAGAUUGGUGAAAUACAAGAGAGUGUCUUGCAAGGUGCAGGAGAAACGGCAAGGAAUUCUAUGUCUAUGACUCGUGCGCCUGGUCCACUUACAGAUGGAGUUCGAGGUAAUCCUAGUAAUAUUCCAUUUUGGCCUGGUGGCUUUGAUGAACCUAAAAUACUUCAGACUGAUGUCGUGGACGAUAUUGAUUUUGAAAAGGAUUUAAGAACGUUAGCCAAAGGAUUCAGCUCAGGAUUAGAAUUCAAAAGUGACAAUUGCACACCAAUUAAUUGUACAUGGAAUGAAGCAGAAGAUUCUGAAAAAUUCGUAUCUGAAGAACUCGAAAAACUAAAAAUCUAUAAUGAUAAUAAUAUAAAUUUAAUGUCUGUUAUACAUGAGGAAGGAAAUUUGCUUGGUUCUUGGUCUUCAAAGAAUCAAAUCAAAGAGCCAAAGAAAGAGAAUGUACAAACUUCGGAUAAUAAUAUUCCUUUUAUAGACGAUAAUCCCAUUUUAUCCAAAGAUAUAGAUAUACCCGUUUUGAAAAUAUCCGAGAAACAAAAAGAACUUGCAAAGACAGAAUGGGCAGAACAGCUGGAUGUAUCGGCACCAGUAACUGACUUUGACAAGAGAGUACCUGAUCCAGCAAUUACAUUCAAUUAUGAAUUGGAUAUUUUUCAAAAGCAAGCUAUUCUUAAAUUGGAAGAGAACAGUAAUGUCUUUGUUGCUGCACAUACAUCAGCAGGGAAGACUACUGUUGCAGAAUAUGCUAUUGCAUUGAGUCAAAAGCAUAUGACAAGAGUAAUUUAUACGUCUCCUAUAAAAGCAUUAUCAAAUCAGAAAUAUCGUGAUUUUAAGAGGAAAUUUGAAAGUGUUGGACUACUAACAGGUGAUUUGCAAAUAAAUCAAACUGCUUCAUGUCUAAUCAUGACAACAGAGAUUCUACAAUCAAUGUUGUAUUGUGCAUCCGAUAUUUUACGAGAUUUAGAAUUUGUUAUAUUUGAUGAAGUGCAUUAUAUAAAUAAUGAAGAUAGAGGUCAUGUAUGGGAAGAAAUAGUCAUUCUGUUACCACAAAAUAUUAACAUAGUAAUGUUAUCUGCGACUGUACCAAACCCGAUAAUAUUUGCAGAUUGGGUUGGUCGUAUCAAAAAACGAAAAAUGUAUGUAAUUAGCACUUUGAAAAGACCAAUACCUCUUUUACAUUACUUGUAUACUGGCACCGAUGGUAAAACUAAGGAUGACAAAUUCUUAGUCCUUGAUGGCAAUGGCCUUUUUUUAUUAGAUGGAUGGUACAAAGCAACGAACGCAUCUGAUAAAAAAAAGGACAAAAUCCCAAAGGAUUUUAGAAGGAAAAUUCAAAUGACACCUAAACAAGAAGAAGUAUUAUGGAGAGCAUUUAUAAGCCAUCUUCAGAACAACGAUAUGUUACCUGUCGUCGUAUUUACUUUGUCAAGGAAACGCUGUGAUAUGAAUGCUGCUACGUUAAGAAAUCUCGAUUUAACGACCGCAAGAGAAAAGCAUCAAGUGCAUGUAUUUUUCCAAUCUAACAUAAAACAUUUGAAAGGUAGCGACAGAGAAUUACCGCAAGUACUUAUGAUGCAAGAACUUUUAGAGAAAGGCGUGGGUAUACAUCACAGUGGAAUAUUACCAAUUUUGAGAGAAAUCGUAGAAAUGUUGUUUCAGAAUGGAGUUGUAAAGUUAUUAUUCGCGACAGAAACUUUUGCCAUGGGAGUUAACAUGCCAGCACGUACAGUGGUGUUCGAUUCUAUACGAAAGUACGACGGCAAUAAUUUUCGUACUUUGUAUCCAACUGAAUACAUACAGAUGGCUGGUCGUGCUGGACGGCGAGGUCACGACACCACGGGAACUGUUAUAGUAAUGUGCAGAAAUGAUGUGCCACACUUUAACGACUUGAAACCUAUGAUGUGCGGAGAACCACAAACAUUAGAAUCGAAGUUUAAAGUCACAUAUUCUAUGCUUCUGAAUUUGAGAAGGGUAAAUGAAUCUGUCACUGUUGAAGCAAUGAUGCGCAAGUCUUUCAAAGAAUCACCGUUAGCCUCGCAAGAAGCAACAUAUAGCAAUGAGUUACGAAAAAUCGAACGCGAGUUGUUAAAUUUGCCGGCUUUGACUGAAAUGCAAAAGAAGCUUUCUGCGUUCUAUCAAAAAGCGGUCGAUUAUCUGGAAGAUGUUAAAUUUCUGAAUCCUUAUUUGUUUGACUCCAAAAAAACAGCAAAGAAUUUAACCGAAGGCAGAAUCUUGCUAGUAUCAUACGAAAAUCAUUAUAAUAAAUUAGCCCUAUUAUUGCAAGUUUUAUAUCUCAAAAAUUCUACACAAUACAAAGCGUUGAUACUUAAGGAUGCGACCGCGUCCACUUCCGAAGCUGGUGAAUUCAAAAGUCCUCAGAUAUUCAAGAAAUGGUGCGAGAUUAUUAGUCUAACGAAAAAAGAGAUAUUUGUCCCAAACAUUAAUCCGUCGCAUGAGGUUGUGACUUUAUCCGCAUGGCACAUAUUAAAAAUAACCAACUGCCAGAUAAAAGUCGAUUGCUCUCUGAUAUUAAAUGAUUGGGAAAAGAGGCAAAUCUCACGAUUUAAAAAUGAUCCACCAGGACAAACAUGUCAGACAGCGGUCCAAGAAUUGACUUCUCUAUCAUUUAAUGCUUCCACCAAUAUACAUGUUCUACAGCCAUAUAUCGAACCUUCAUCGAAAACUGAUUUUAAAUUGAGAAUACAACAUAAAGACAAAUUAAAAGCUAGUCUUAACGACAUGAAGUGCAUGGAAAUACCAAAUUUUGAAGAACAAUUUAGACCUGUAUUCGAACGAAAUCAACUCGAGGAUAAAAAGCGACAGCUUCAACUUAAACUUAGUGAUGAAGGAAUGGCGUUAUAUCCGGAUUAUUUGAAUAUGGUAGCACUCCUCAAACAUUUGAGAUACAUAGAUAACGAUGAAAGAGUGGCCUUAAAAGGAAGAGUUGCGCUACAAAUGGGUAGUAAUGAAUUGCUGAUAACAGAAUUGAUUCUCAAAAAUGUAUUAACUGUUUUACAACCGGCGGAAAUAGUAGCGUUAUUAUCAGCACUAAUUUUCCAACAACGUACGGAUGUCGAACCUAAACUCACGCCAAGUCUCACUAAUGCUUGCAUGAUAAUGAACGAGGUGCAUGGAGAAUUAGAACAUUUAGAGCAAUAUUAUCAAUUGUCAACAUUGCAACCAUUGAAUUUUGGCUUAGUAGAAGUUGUUUAUGAAUGGGCGCAAGCUAAAUCGUUCGCCGAAAUCAUGAAGAUGACGGAUGUCCAGGAAGGAAUUAUAGUUCGUUGCAUACAGCAACUUGGCGAAACCUUGCGAGACGUUAAAAAUGCGGCUGUAACUAUAGGUGAUCCGGUUUUAAAAGAAAAGAUGGAGGAAGCAUCAACCGCAAUUAAACGCGACAUAGUUUUCGCCGCAUCUUUAUAUACUCAAGAUUGAUUACAAAUAAGUAAUUUAUUACUCAAUAUAAUAUCGAUGAAAUUGAUAACUUUUUUAAUAAAAAAACAACUAUUGAAAUAUUGUUGCAAAUACACAUUCUGUUCAUAAAAAAGUAUUCUAUAAGGGUGUACGAUAUGUAUAAAGUAUUUUUUUCGAUAAUUAUCGCAAUAAAGAUGAAACAGAUAAA